GUACCUCCCCCCGCAGCCUGCCCCGCAGGAUCAGCUGACUGUCCACACGGCGACGCUGCAUUUUCUCCUUAUCCUCCUCCGUGCUGCGUAACUCUCCUCCACCAUGGCCGAGGAAAUGAAGAAGAACCUGAUGGAGCUCAUGAAGGGCACCGAGGAUGUGAUGGGUAUAAUCAUCACCGACCGCGAUGGUGUGCCGAUAAUGAAAGUCUCGGAGGAGGAGGCGCCAGAGCUCGGCCUUCGUCCCACCUUCAUCUCCACCUUCAACAUUGCCACGGACCAGGCGGGCAAACUGGGCAUGGGGCGCAACAGAAGGAUGGUCUGUGUGUACGGAAGAUACCAGGUGGUGCACUUCAACCAUCUGCCUCUUGUGGUGACCGUCAUAGCCAGCUGCGGGGCCAACACGGGGCAGCUGCUGGCCAUGGAGACGCAGCUCACACCUCUGCUCGCACACCUCACACAUGUUGUCGACGUGUAGGCCGGCGAGGGGCGUGGGGGGAAGGGUGAGUGGGCUGCAUGGGGUCACCUACACACACACACACACACACACACAUGAACGUAUUUAGUAGUUACAUACAUACCUUCACUUGGUUGGCAUUACUGGUGUCUGUUUUUCUCAUUGUGUGUGUGUGUGUGAGAGAGAGAUUGUAAUUGUUUGGUAAGUCUCUCUCUCUCUCUCUCUCUCUCUCUCUCUCUCUCUCCCAUAAAAAUGAACUAUGUAUGUAUGUAUGACCAUGUAUAUGUCUGACAGUAUAUAGUCUUUCAAUGUAUGGAAUAUAAUGAACAAUGUUGCCAGUCCUUUCUCACAGAGGGCGCUGAAUAAUUCCCUAUGGCUGUACAGUAAUACCUCCCCUUAAGAGUUCCUCCUAGUCGUGUGAAAUACCAACACAGUCACGAACUACACCUGUUACCAUUGCCGUGCUCUGUUGCUCGGGCAUUUCAGAAUCCGUAACAACAGUCGUCUAGAAUAUUUUUAUACACGUCUGCAAGAUGAGUUGUUAUAUACUAGAGGAUAAGGCUGAAUCAGAUCUUUGUUGGUUGAAGUGCUUUUGUAAUAAAUAGUUGUGUAAGUGA